GAUUGUAUAAUAUCACCAUUAUACUGAAUUUUUUCCUAACCUUUUCAGUAAUGGGAUAAGAUCAGUAGGCUACUACCGCUACAUACCUCCUUCAAAUUUCGUUUUAGUGGGAGCUCCAUAUAAGUCAGCUCUUAAUCAAAUAGUUACAUUGUCAUGUGUAUGUCUCACUGUCCUUGCUCUAAAAAGUGUUUGCUUCCUCCUCUAUAUGAAUAGAAGGCAAGUGUGCAAUAAUUCAACAAAAAGCUAAGUUCUCUCAAUCUCAUGAGCUUUGUGGGCAUUUUCUAGUACUUUUAUAUGAUAAAAAAACCUCUUUCCCAAAUGGGUUUUUGCUCAUUCCAAAUUCCAGUCACUUUCUGGCGACUCUUAGCGGUUUUUACGAUGUUCAUGGCAAUAUCAGGACGACUAGCAGAUUGCAAAUGUGCUUUUGAGGCUAUUUUCAACUUUGGCGAUUCGAAUUCCGACACGGGCGGGUUUUGGGCAGCUUUUCCCGCAGAGUCCGGGCCUUUUGGGAUGACCUACUUCAAGAAACCGGCCGGUCGGGCUACUGAUGGGAGGCUCAUGAUUGAUUUCUUAGCUCAAGCUCUAGGGUUGCCAUUUUUGAGCCCAUAUUUGCAAUCAAUUGGAUCAGAUUACAGACACGGGGCCAACUUUGCAACAUUGGCAUCAACAGUUCUCCUGCCAAAAAGUUCCCUAUUUGUCUCUGGGCUAAGCCCUUUUGCUCUGGCCAUUCAGCUCAACCAAAUGAAGCAUUUCAAGGUUAAAGUUGAUGAACCUCAAUCUAAUGGAAUUAUACGGGCUAGGAGGACGGACAUUUCUGGUACUUAAUCUAGCACCGGUGGGUUGUUACCCGUCGUUUUUGGCGGAGCUACCACACAACUGCUCCGACCUUGACGCAUUCGGAUGCGUAAUUUCCUAUAAUAAUGCAGUGGUGGACUACAACAACAUGUUGAAGGAAGCUCUGAAUCAAACCAGACAGGCAAUCCCAGAUGCUUCUCUGAUAUAUGUGGAUACUCAUGCUGUUCUGCUGGAGCUCUUCCAGCACCCCACAUCUCAUGGAUUGAAGUAUGGUCCAAGAGCAUGUUGUGGAUAUGGGGAUGGAGAUUACAAUUUUGACCCUAAGGUGUACUGUGGAAACACUAAGGUGAUCAAUGGGAGUACUCUCACAGCAACAGCUUGUAGUGAUCCGUACAACUAUGUGAGUUGGGAUGGAAUACAUGCCACUGAGGUUGCAAACAAGCUUGUCACAUAUGCUAUUCUCAAUGGCUCUUACUUUGAUCCUCCAUUUCCUCUUCAUCAGCUUUGUGAUCUCAAACCUAUAGACUAAUGUGUUUAUCUUUCUGAACUUAGGAUUGUAAUAAAUAAUACAACAAUGGGUUAAUUUCACUUUACCCCCUUCAAUUUUAAAACGUACAUUUAGACCUUUUUCUUCUCUCCACGAAUGAAAUGAGAGAGAAAGUCAGAGGAAAAAACUCAUUUUCUCUUUGCGAGAUCCGAGAGUGGAGAAUAUAUACUAUUCUUUGGGUUCGUAGGAUCAAAUGUAAAGAGUUUUAAACUUGUCUUCAUAGAAUUUUAAGCAGCAAGAGACUUCAGGGCUUGUUGGAGCUGCUGAAUAUAACGAAUCGAAGCCGAAUAUGGAUCAAGGUAGCUUGUCUACCAAGUCAAUAGGCAAAGGGCAUUGCUACACAUUCA